AUGAAUGUAUCAAAUAUAUCUAGAAUACCUUAUACAUAACUCAUUAUUUCAUAACUUUUAACAAAAGACUUAUAUCUUGAUUUAAAGUAAACAAAAAGAUCUCCUAUUAUUAUCCUCUAAUUAAUGGUUUCAAUGUUUUUGAUUAUUUAUUCCUAUAUAUAUAUUGAGAUAGAUAUUGAACACCCUUAGUUAUUAAUCAGCUUCUGUAUAUCAUUAUAUUGUUAUAUUAUAUCUCUUAAACCUCAACAAUCUUAAGCUAAUGUAUUAUUUACUGAAAUAAGCAACACUAAUAGACCAGAUAAUCUAAAAUUUAAUAAGAAUACAUCAUAAUUUGAUUUAGAUUAAAAUCUACAUUCAGCAUGUCUAAGAGAAGCUGCAAUAAAUGAUUCAACUAUAUUAGAAACAACAUAUCAUUGUUUAUAAUAUUUAAAUGAGGGUUUAAUCAUUUUAGGUAUUGAUUCAGAUAAUAUUCACUUUCCAUAUUCAAUUAAAUAUACUAAUUAAGCAACCAAAGUUAUUUUAGGAAAGGAAAUAGAUUCUGAAAUAUUAAAUUUAUUAGAAAAUCUUAUAAUAUUUACAGGUAAUGAUCAUACAGAUGGUUUAUAAUUUACAUCAUAAUUAUAAAGGAGAUCUUCAUAUAAUUGUUUAAAAUAAAUUGAAUUAAAAGAUCAAUAACAUAAAAAUUCAAAUUAUGAUUCUUUAUAUGAUUAAUUACAUAAAUAUCAAUUUAAAUAAGUAUUAGAAAUGCUUUUAAAAUCAUCUAAUUGUGAAUGUUUAGUAGUAUAAGCACAUUUAUAAUAAAGAUAUUCAAUUACUACAAAUUAAUUAUAAUAAACUUCAUAAACAUUAAUUAAUACUGAUAAUUAUUAAUUAAUAGAAUUAACAUUGACACUUAAUAAGAAUAAUAUUAUUAUAAUAUUUAGAGAUGUUACACAUAGAUAAAAAAUAAGAUAUUUAAGAGAAUAUGAUAAAUAAAAAUCUAAAAUGUUAGCAUUUGUUAGUCAUGAAUAUAGAUCACCUUUGAAUUGUAUAAUUUAAAUGUUAGAAUGUGUUAUGAAUGAUUAGACAAUUUAAGAUAAUUAAGAUUUGACAGAAUAAUUAUAAGUGGCAUUAGAUAAUUCAAGUUAUAUUCUUAAUUUAUCUAAUGAUUUAUUGGAUUUAGCAUAAAUAAAAAAUGGUAAAUUUAGAAUUGACAAAGUACCUUUUAAUUUAGAAACAUUAAUUUAAGAAUGUAUGAAAAUGUUUGAAUUAAAAGCUAAAAUGAAAAAAGUUCAAUUAAAAUUUAAUUUAGCUAGUUAAAUACCAAAAGUUGUAUUUUCUGAUAGAAGUAGAAUAAAAUAAAUAAUUAUUAAUUUAUUAAGUAAUGCAUUUAAAUUUACUUAAAAUGGAAAUAUCUUUAUAAAUGUUUAAAAGAUUAAUUCAAAUAUGUUAAGAAUAGGAAUUAUAGAUGAAGGAAUUGGAAUUUCAGAUGAAGAUUAAAUGUAAUUAUUUAAAGCAUUUUCAAAAGUAAAUUCAGAAGAAAGCAAAAAAUUAAAUUAAUAAGGAGUUGGUUUAGGUUUAGUAAUUAGUAAUCAAAUAGCAUAAACAAUAGGUUCUAAUGGAUUGAAUCUUGAAUCUAGUAAUAAAAAAGAUAAUCAUUAUUCAAAUUUUUAUUUUGAUUUGCCUUUAGAAUAACCAUUAAGAAAAAAAGUAUCUAGUUUCAAAAUACCUGAAAUUUCAGUUUAAAUUUAAGAAGUAGAAGAAAUAGCUAGUUUUAAAUAGAUACAUACUCAUAUCAAAGAAGAUUGGUCAACUUAAUAAAUAUGUUUACAUUAUUUAAUAGUAGAUGAUGAUUGUUUUAAUAUUUUUGCAAUUAGAAGAUUAUUUUAAUAAUUACAAAAAAAUAAAAAAUAUUUAUUUUAGAAUGAAUUUGAUGUUGAUUCAGCUUUAUCUGGAUAAGAAUGUAUUGAAAAAAUAAAAAAUAAAAAAUGUAGUAAUUCUUGUUAAGGAUACAAAAUAGUUUUUAUGGAUAUAGAGAUGCCAUUUAUGAAAGGUUAAGAAACAGCUUAAUAAAUUUUAAGUAUCUAUCCUAAUUAUAUUAUUGUUGGAUGUAGUGGAUAUUCAGAUUAAUAGGAAUAUGAAAAAUGUAUUAAUAGUGGAAUGUCUGACUUUUUAAUUAAACCCAUUAAUGAAACUUAAUUAAUUUAGAUAAUUAAAAAAUUUUAAUGA